CGGAGCUGCAGCGCCUGUGCCCGCCCCUCGCUUCGCCGUCUGUGACACGCCUUGGCUCCUGUCGCUCCCCGUAGCGGCGGUUUCCGCGCUCGCGCCGCUCCGCGCAUCCGGGCGCCGCCAUGGCGCAGCCCGCGGGCGGCCGCGCCGUCACGGUGAGCGACGUGCAGCAGCUGGUGAGGAAGAAGGACGAGAUCGAGGCGCAGAUCAAGGCCUACUACGAGGUCCUGGAGGACCAAAAGGGUGUUGGGAUGAACGAGCCGCUCGUCGAUGUGGAAGGCUUCCCUCGUGCGGAUAUCGAUCUCUACCAAGUUCGCACCGCCCGGCACAACAUUAUCUGUUUGCAGAACGAUCACAAGGCCUUGAUGAAGCAGGUGGAGGAAGCUCUUCACCAGCUGCAUGCCCGGGAGAAGGAGAAGCAUGCCAAGGACGAGGCAGAAGCCUUGGCUGAGGCGAUGAACCAGAACCAGAGCCUGCCACAGGCUUUUGCCAAAGUUAAUGCAGUUACUCCAGGCUCUCCUGCAAGUAUCUCGGGGCUCCAGGUCGAUGAUGAGAUUGUGGAGUUUGGCUCUGUCAACGUACACAACUUCCAGAACCUGCAGAACAUUGCCACAGUGGUGCAGCACAGCGAAGGGAGACCCCUGAGCGUGACUGUAAUCCGCAGCGGCAAAAAAGUGCACGUGGGGCUGACACCAAAGCGCUGGGCUGGGAAGGGCCUUCUGGGCUGCAAUAUCAUUCCCUUGCAAAGAUGACCAUUGCUUGGAAAACAGUAAAGUUGAAGCUUGUGCCUGCUUUCUGGACUCUGAUCUGAUUUGAAAACUUCCCCUGCAGUCCUCGUGUUUUUGCUGAAACAAGCAUUUCAGAGGCUGUGACCUCCAGGUGCCAGACUCGCAGAGCGUGAAGAAGCUCUGGUAGAGCAGAGCCCUGCCACACUUCAGAAUUGCGCUGCUUUGUAAGGAGCAGCCUGUAGAGCUGCGGGAUAUGGCUUCUCAUCUCUUACACCCCGUAUCAAUUUGGAAUCGGGCUAUAGAGAAAUGCAAAAUUCUUCAGUUAAUGAAGGACUUGAUACAGAUUCUAAAAAAGCAAGAAAUACUCUGAUUUGCUGAUAACAAAGCAUUUUUUUUCCCCGCCUAAAAUUUCUUACUGAACAUCUUGCAAAAUAUGCUAAGAAGUCCUGGGGCACUUUAUCUAUAAUAAUAGAUCACAGUCAGGAAACAUGCAAGUUUGAUCUUCCCUGAGUUACUGCAACUUCUGAAGUUGCUAAAUAUGAAAGCAUUUUCAGAACUCUAAUUAUUUUAAGUUAAUGGGAUAAAGAAUAGGGGCUAUAAUACUACUUUUCUUUACUUUUAGUAUUUCCUAUAGUUAUGACUAUGUAAAAUUAGUCCUAAUUUGAUAUAUAUUUUUUUCAGUUUAUUUGCUGUAGUUGGUUUUAUGGUGUAUGAACUUUUCAAUGGGAUUUUGGGGGUGAUUGGUUUAUUUUAAGCUUGUUUCCAGUUGAACUUCAAAGUCCUCUCCCAAAACAAUAAACCCGAGUAAUGCA